CAGUCGCACCUGCUCGACCUCACUCCUCACACCUCUCCGGAGGGAUCCUCGCUAACCUCACACGAAGGUGCAGGAACUCUGCUUCAGAAGGGGCACCCAGCUCACACAAGAGUAUUAGAGGAACCCUCACCCCUUCAUGAACUUUACAGGGGCAAAAAAAAAUCCCCCACCUCCUGAAGGGAUUUCCCUUUUUUUAAAUUCUCAAGUUUCACAUUGUCAAAAGGGAGCCUCACCCUCCUACAGGAACUGUCACUUCUUCCAUGGAUAUGAAGGAAUCCUAGGUGAGUCUAGACUCUAGAGUCACCUCGUUUCUCACAGCCAUUGUAAAGGAACUUUCUCCUCGCACGUGUCAAGAACAAACACGUCUUCCCCACGACCCGCGUCAGGAACUGGUUAAGUGUGAGACCCAAGUCGUCUCCUGACACAGAGACAGAGCCACAGGCUGUCCAAACGUUAUAUUGAUGGACUUCUUAGCUUCUGAGUAAUGGGACAUGAGUUAAGGUUAAAAAAAAGGAACGUCAUAAUUCUUGAUAAAGUAAGUGAUUCCUGGAGAGAAAACUAAUAAAAUCUCUUGAUUACCAUAGAAAGAAAUCUAGUGACGCUAACUGUGGUGGAAAGUUGAGACAAAUGUGUAAAUUGUGUUUGAAGAUUUAAACAUAAUUAAUAAAACAACUCUCCAAAGCAGUGUCACCAUAAAAAGCGAAAGAAGUAAAGGGAUUUCUGAAGGUGUUAGUAGUGCACUCCACCAGGUUGAUGUUGGCCUUGAGAAAUCUCCAGAUGGUUCCUGGGAUGGCGCGCACCAAGGUGAUGAUGGUGUUGAUGACCCUCAUGGUGGAUGUAGCACUCGGGGUCACGGAUGAUGUCAAUGAACCCCUGCACGAUAUCGAGGACCUACAAGGACAUCACCUUCACCCUCCCCCUCCGCCUGCACUCUGGGGCAUCUUCAAGAGCCUCCCGAAGGAGAAAGAACUUAGCGACUCAUCUCAGCUCCUCGCGACUCUAACCCUUGGAUCACCGAAUCAUGAGUCCCUUGAGUCAUCUGUGUCAACACCUGUCAUCACUUGGGGGACUCACCUGGUCCCAAUACACCACAGUGGUCCGUUCUUGCCGCUCCUCUACUCCAGCCACCAGCACCCUCCCUCACACACCCCUUCCUUCCCUCCCAAUCCAGUUGUCAGUCCCGUCUCACCUCACUUAACUAUCUUUCCCGUUGAGAUGGAUUCAGCAAGCCUCACCACCUUUCAUUAUGCGCCGAUUUUUCCACCUGCUUCCCUUCAAUACAGCCCUGAACAAAAGGAAGAGACAUCACAUUCCUCAGCCAUUACUGUGCGUCAAGGUCAGUAUACGACACAGUACAGCGCUGGGGAAAAUAAAUCUCCCGACGAGACAUCAUCGCCCCAUCAACCCCAAGGUCAAGAGGACUCUGAGACGACCAGCAUCUAUACUAAUCACAAGUUUAAGGUCAGUGAGAAAAGGAGAUCCUCUACCUCAUCUUCUCUGUCGUUAGUUCCCCAAAUAUCAGAGGACGACUCCGAGCAACUCAAAACCAGGCUGGAACCAGAGGCAAUAGAGGACUCGCCCUUCUUCAGCCAAGUUGCUUUACCUGAUCCAGAUGCGAUUAUUUAUCCUUCACAGGUAAGACGCCCAGACACUCAAGUGACUACUCCAUCGACUACCACCACCACCGCCACCACCACCAACACCACCGCCACCGCUACCAACACCACCGCCUCCUCAACCAGCCCUGGCGCCCCGACAUCACCAGGCACCUCGGCAUCAACGUUUCCUGACCCCGGGCCGACGGACAUUAAAAUCAUCAUCAGAGCACCUGUCAUCUGUGCUGGCCACUGUGAGGUGCCGAGUGGCGGCGGUUGUACCGUCGAUGUUGUGUGUAUUAGAGGUAGUAUUCGCUUUCCUUGAGAGAGAGAGAGAGAGAGAGAGAGAGAGAGAGAGAGAGAGAGUACCAUUGUUAACAUAAUAUUGGACAAGAGCUUCAAUAAGACUUAAAAGAGUGUAGUUUGUAUUACUAAAUUUUUAUGACCAAUUAAGAAAUUUUGAAUGACAAAA